CUGCUGCUGCUGACAGAGGCUCACCCCAGAAGAGCCAACACAUUGCUUUCCUGUCAGAGAUGGAGGAAGAGGAAGAGGUUAUACCUACACCAGUCUCACUUAUCUCUCAGGAUGGGACAGAGCAGGUGGGUUUGUCUGGGGAAGACCUGCAGGCCCUGGGCAGCAGGAUGGGCGUGGUGACACAGAGCAGUGCCCUCCCCGUGGAGCCAGUGGGCAGUGACAACCUGGCUGUGCCCAACGGCACCCAGACACAGCCAGUUACCAUAGUCACUUCUGGGGCAGUCCCAUCUGAAGAAUCGGGCAUCGCAUCCCUCUGUCAUCAGCAGGUGGCAUUGCUGGCCACCUCCAAGGGCACCCCCCUCACAGUGCAGUUAGCAGAGCGGCAGGGCCUGGAGGGAGCCCUCAGCACGGCCACAGCAGCCAUCCAGCAGGACCCUGUCACACGAAGCUUCCUUGGCACAUCUCAGCACUUGGAGCAAAGCCCUCCUUCCACAGAAACCAGCCAGCACCUGUCAGGGGCUGAGCUAGGCCUGGAUUCCAUCUGGUGCGCCGUCCCCGCCCUGGACGUGGAGAAGAGCGGCAAGGUCUCCAAAUCCCAGCUCAAGGUGCUGUCUCACAACCUGUACACGGUGCUGUGCAUCCCCCACGACCCCGUGGCACUGGAGGAGCAUUUCCGCGACGACGACGACGGGCCGGUGUCCAGCCAGGGCUACAUGCCCUACCUCAACAAGUACAUCCUGGACAAGGUGGAGGAAGGUGCUUUUGUCAAAGAAGACUUUGAUGAGCUCUGCUGGACCCUGACAGCGAAGAAGAAUUACAAGCCUGACCGGAAUGGGAAUAGUGUUGUAUCCCACCAAGAUGCCUUCAAGCUCUGGUGUCUCUUCAACUUUCUGUCUGAAGACAAAUAUCCUCUCGUCAUGGUGCCAGACGAGGUGGAAUACCUGCUGAAGAAGAUCUGCACGGCCAUGAACGUGGAGCUGAACUCCUGUGAGCUGGAUGACUACCUGUCCCAGGAGCCCCAGGGGCAGGGAGGGCUGACGGUCUGGCAGUUCCUGGACAUGGUGAACUCGGGGCGGUUCCUGCGAGGUAUCGAGCAGGAGGCCGUCAGCAUGGCCGUGGAGGAGGUGUACCAGGAGAUCAUCGAGGACGUCCUCAAACAGGGCUACCUCUGGAAGAAGGGCCAGCUGAGGAGAAACUGGUCAGAGCGGUGGUUCACGCUGAAGCCCAGCGCCCUGUCCUACUACAUGAGUGAGGAACGGAAGGAGAAGAAGGGGAGCAUUGCUCUGGACAAGCACUGCUGUGUGGAG